AUGCAAGAGCGUCGGGACAGAAUCAAGCAGAGAGUCCGAGCAAAGGAGCAGCCCGACUUGGUCAUCGAGGAGGAAAAGAAACAAAUCGAUGUGAACCCCCAGAUGAAAGUGUCGGAGGGCCGCCUCGCGCUUCUGAGAAAGGCAGGCACUGAACUCGUCUCGAACGUUGAAAUUGCAGCUGUUGCGCGAGAGUUCGAGAGGAGAAAAGAAGUCCACGAAGAGAAGAAGCGUCGCAUGAAAAUCUUGGCGGAUGAAGCUGACGCUAAUCUGGAGAAAUUCGAGGCUAUCCGCCGAAGAUGGACAGGAUCGCUUGCAAGAGAUGUUCCUCAGGAACUUCGGGACGCGCUUACUGACCAAUGCAAAGCAUGCGAAGAAGUCUUGAGCGCUAAAAACCAGCUUAUAGUUGAGCUGAAUCGAGAGCUGAAAUGCAGCGAAGAUGAGUACGUCAAGACCUUGAAGAAGCAGUACGAUGAUCUCGAUAUUAUCACACAGCGAAUGGUGGAACAGUACAGGACGAUGGACCGGGCUUUCAGAGACGAAGCAAAACAAGUCAUCGCUGCUCUGGACGCUCAGUUCAAAGAUGUUGAAGCAACUGACUUGUGGCGUGAAAAGGCUGCACAUCUCAGCAAAACCGAAAAUAACUAUCUCGAAGACAGGUUCGAGCUCCGCGAUGAACUCCAGUCAGAAAUCGACAGGCUCCGUCUGCGGGACGCUGAAGACCUUCACACUACAAAGAUCAAGCUGGAAACUGACGUGCAAGUUCUGGAGCAACAGCUUGAAAGUAUGCGCGCUUCAUACCAGCUGAACCAGGAGAAGCUCGAGUAUAACUUCCAAGUCCUCAAAAAACGCGAUGACGAAAAUACGAUCACUAACAGCCAGCAGAAGCGUCGCUUGACAAAAAUGCAGGAUCAGCUGAACAGUCUACGAUCAAAGCUCGAGGCGCAAGAGAAAAAAGCCCGCGUAGAAGGAUGCAACCUUCGAGAAGAUUACCGACGACUGCUUCAACAGUACGCCGACUUCCAAAAGAAAAAGAAGCAUUUCGAGGAUGCUGACAACAAAAAGUUCCGAGAGGUCUGGGAGAUGAACAUGCAGGAACUUAUGGAAUUGGUGAAUCGAACGCUUCAGGCGGACAAGAUCAUUUCCGAGCAGCAGCUUGGAGUAGACUUUGUCAUGCCCGAAUACAACAAGAGCACUUCCAAGCAACAUAGACCAUCUGCUAUGGACAUCCCCAAGAAGCAAGCUGACCAGGCAUUUGACUUGCUCUGCUCAGAGUGCUCGUUCCUGGUUGAAGCCAUGCUUAACAAGCUUAUCGAGCCGCUGAAGCCAGAAGAAAAACGACUUAUUCUUAUCGAUGCGAUUUUCGCCGCGCUCAACAUUGACGACGAGUCUGAACUCAAACUGCUGAUGGCGGAAAUGACGAACUACGGGGCGAUCGGUGAAAAAGCCGAUCCAAAUAAUGCUCUCGAGGGCAUUCUCAGUUACAUCAACAAUGCGAUGCUGAGGAGAAAGAAAACUAGCCUCACAAGCUCGAACCAUUCGAAGGGAGACAUCAAGUGGGAAGUCUGGGAGGAAAGGUCUCACAUUAUCAACGAUAAGAAGCUUAUCCUCUGGAACGCUCUUUACAAAGCUCAGCAGAGUUAUUUUGAGUGUCUCAACCAGCGCGCCUCACUCGUCAGCGACAACGAAAGCUUGCAGACACAGAACGAAGAACUCCGUGUUCUAUUGCACCAGUACGUGACGAUGGAAGUCAACAAAGACCUUCAAGUUCCACCGAAUCGCGUUCUCAACAUCCAGUAA